AUGCCUGACGAAGAGUUUUGCUCUCUCUCUCUCUCUCUCCCGAUCCGGCCCCCUUCGACCGGAGACAAUUCCCAUUUUAGGCGCUUCCAGCCGGCCCCAGAAGCCAAUCCGAAGCUCCAUGGUUCUGGCCUUCGUGGAGGGAACGUCGCCCUAGAGAACGAUACUAAACUCUUUCCAGAGUCUCGUGGUGGGUGUGUGUCGAGCCAACAAAAAACUCUUUUACCUCCAAUUCUGUCCGCGCCUCCAUCUGCAGUCUGUCUGGAGGAGGACACUGCCUCGGUGAAUUAA